UUCAAGGAAACGGGCUGAUGAAGCAGCCGGAGAUUUUACAGCGUCACUGUUUUUCAAUAUGAGGUCUUGAAUCAUGUUUAUUGUGAGUAUAAACAAGAGAAGCAAAGCUUUAAGAAUUCCCGUUUUUAAAGAAUGAUGUUGAAUUCAACGUCCUCAACUUUAUCUUAUUUCAUUCUUGAAGCUUAUGUGCACGUAGGGACUUUGAGAUAUUUCUAUUUUAUAAUAACUGCAAUGUUAUAUGUUGUUAUUGUUAUUGUCAACACAUCUCUGGUGGUGGUUAUCUGUAGUAACAGAAGCUUACAUGAACCUAUGUACCUUUUCCUGUGCAGCCUGUUUGUAAAUGAACUGUAUGGUAGUACAGGGUUGUUUCCAUUCCUUCUGGUUCAGAUCCUCUCUGACAUUCACACUGUUGCUGCUCCGCUCUGCUUCCUGCAGAUCUUCUGUCUGUACUCUUAUGCAAAUAUAGAAUUAUGUAACUUAGCCGUCAUGUCUUACGACCGAUAUCUGGCCAUCUGUUGUCCUCUACAGUAUAACACACGCUGGACAUUUAACAAGGUGUUUAUCUUUAUUGUUGUUAUAUGGUUGUACUCUUUUGUCAGAUGCAUCAUCAAUAUAUCCUUAAACAUCCGUUUGACUCUGUGUGGAAACGUCAUCAACAGUCUGUAUUGCAGAAACUACCUCAUUAUUAAACUGGCGUGUUCUGACACUCAUGUGAAUAACAUCCACGGAUUGUUCGGUGUUGUUCUCUCUAUUCUAGUCCCUCUGCUUCCGAUCCUGUUCUCCUACAUGAGGAUCCUCAGAGUGUGUUUCUCUGGUAGUAAACAGACCAGACAGAAAGCUGUCAGUACCUGCACACCUCACCUCGCUUCUCUGCUCAACUUCUCCUUCGGCUGUUUAUUUGAGAUACUUCAGAGCAGGUUUGAUAUGAGCGGCGUACCAAGAGCGAUGCGGAUCAUUCUGUCGCUGUAUUUUGUGAUACUGCAACCGCUUCUGAAUCCGAUCAUAUACGGGAUGCAAAUGUCCAAAAUACGAAAUACAUGUAAACGUCUCUUCUGUUGUAAAAUGAUGAUUAGUCACAGAGAGCCGAUGUUGACGUAAAAAGUCAGUAAAUCAUUUCUGACCUUCUGUCACUGGAUCAUCUGAAUAAUGUGGUUUAUUCAAAUCAAAUUACAGUAAUGAACUUUAACAAAAUAUGGCAAAAGUUAACCCCAUAAA